AUGGCAUCGUGUGGAAAGCAGUCAAUCGCGUAUGGCAUCGUGUGGAAAGCAGUCAAUCGCAGGACAGGAGAAAUUGUUGCCGUCAAGAAGAUCUUUGAUGCUUUCAGAAACCGAACAGAUGCUCAGAGAACGUUCCGAGAAAUUAUGUUCCUGCAGGAAUUUGGGGAACAUCCAAACAUCAUCAAAUUGCUUGAUGUCAUACGAGCCCAGAAUGACAAGGACAUCUAUCUGGUUUUUGAGUCUAUGGAGACAGAUUUGCAUGCUGUGAUCAAGAAAGGGAGUUUAUUGAAAGACAUCCACAAGUGUUACGUUCUCUACCAACUAUUGAAGGCCACCAAAUUCAUCCAUUCGGGAAAUGUCAUUCACAGAGACCAAAAGCCUUCAAAUAUCCUGCUGGACGCAGACUGUUUUGUUAAGCUUUGUGAUUUUGGUCUGGCCCGCUCCUUGUGUCAGCUCCAUGAGGACCAAGGCAACCCUACACUAACAGAAUAUGUGGCAACACGCUGGUACCGUGCUCCUGAGAUCCUGCUUUCCUCUCACAGCUACUCAAAGGGAGUGGAUAUGUGGAGCAUUGGUUGCAUUCUGGGAGAGAUGCUGCUUGGAAAACCUCUUUUCCCUGGAACAUCCACAGUGAAUCAGAUAGAGAAGAUACUGAGUGUCAUUCCUGCCCCAUCCCCAGAAGAUAUUUUAGCUAUGCAGUCAAACUACAGAGCCUCAGUUAUCAACCGCAUUUGUUCCAGACAACGAGUGACAUUUGAGGAACUUUUACCUUCAUCUACACCCCCUCUAGCUCUGGACCUUCUAAAGAAGCUCUUGGUAUUUAACCCUGAUAAACGGCUGACAGCUGAGGAGGCCCUGCAGCAUCCAUAUGUGAAAAGGUUUCACUGCCCUGCUAAGGAGCCCUCCCUGGACUAUGAUGUGAUUCUUCCUUUAGAUGAUGAUAUCCAGCUCUCCGUGGCAGAGUAUCGGAAUAAGUUGUAUGAGGUUAUCCUGGAAAAGAAGGUAAAUAGCCGUCAAAAGACACAAGUUCAGAGAGAAAAUAAUCGACCAUCUCAAUCUAAGUCCGGAUCAUCUCUUCCAAACACCAGUACUUUGCCUUUACCCACCAGUAGUGACCAGAGAGAACCAACGCCUGCUCUUCUGAAAAACUCCCCUGUGCCUGCGGAACCUAAAGUGCCUUGUGAAGUAUCCAGCCAAAGAGAGGGUUUAGGAGGAACUUUGUGCCAGAGAACAAAGAUCAACAUGACAUACAAUCCUAUAACGCAUACCAGUGCUCAGAAUAAUGUGGUUUAUGGCAGCAUGACCAGGAACCACUCAGCGCCACUUCCUCAGCAUCAUAGAACUUUCUCAGUCAGCAGGAAGCUGGGAAGACAAAUUACAUGGAUGAAUGUAGACACUCAGCCACCUGCUGUGAGCACACAGAGUUUCUAUAAUGGUCAUCAAGAGCUGAGCGGUCUUGAUGCUCAAGGUCGCUCCAUGUCCAACCCAAAAUCAUUUUCGCUAUCUAGACAAGCAAAGGAGGCGGCUAUCCACAACAGCCUAAUGAGGAAGGAUACUCCUGCAAUAGUGGGUGUGACAGCAACCAGUGCCAGACUGAAUUUAAGGAGCCCUCCAUUCCAGAAUAAGGAUGCUCACCCUUUUCUGAAGUCCAGCAAAAAAAUGUUCCAGAUCACAGCAAAUAUGGGAGCUGCUGGAGAUCCCAAGGCAUCAAUGGGCAGUUACUCCCAGUCCUAUGGAACAAUAUGUAAAUCUGCACUCCACAGUCUUCCAAUAUUAAAUGUACAACAGCACUGAGUAUGCAGCAGCACUGACCAGGUGGGCUACAUUCUAUCUUGCCCAUCCAUGGCCUGCAAAGAACAAAGCACUGGGGUACAGCUCCCCAUACUGGCAGUUGGCAGGCCCAUCCAGUGUGAGAGAAGUGCUGCACUUAUCAUAUGGAACACCACAACACUUCUCAUGAGUAAGGCAGAAGUUACAAUGUGGUAUCACUCCAGUUUCUAUCUGAAACCUGUGCUGACACCUGAGAAUGCCAGUCAGGUGCUGCAACAUCAUUUGCUCCCACACAACACUGUUGGCACAGUUAAUUUUAUGUACUCCUUGUACAGUAUCUCAAAUCAUUACAGAAAGCUGCUUUAUUCUGCUGCUCGACUGUUGUCACAGACCUCAGGUUGUUCUUUCCAUCUUUACCAGGUUCAAUCUACUUAUAUGCACCGAAUCCAGAUUUUGAAGAGGAACAGGUAAUUGGCAACAGGCCAUUCUCUGAAGCCCAAGAGGUUUCAAAUUACAAUGGAUAAUCUUGAACAUCCUUUACCAUAUGUUCCCACGAAUUCCUAUGUGGCCCUUUCAGGAUACAGAAGUAGUAAUUAGAGCCCUCUUUUGCUCUAAUCAGACAGAAAUUAUCUUCUAGCUAUACAUUUUUUUCUCCAGUGUAUUUAAUACCAGAGCUAUCAUAUAUUCUUCUGUUAUUGUAAUAAAUUGCUUACAAUUCACUGCAGAAUGUUCCUUCCUCUUAUGGCAUGUCGUUUGCUAUGUAAGGUAGCGAAUGAUAGAAUAUCAGUUUCUAUGUCUAAUAAUUAUAUGUGUUUUUCUUUUCCUCUCACAAUGCAAUACUCUGUGAAAUCCCAUUGUUUUGGAGCAGCUAUAGUUCUGAAAGACUUUACAAAGCUCUGACAUGUUAAUGUAACCCAGGACUUAGUAAGUGUAAAGAAUUGUAUAAUUAAUAGCAUAUCUCCAACAGCAUUUUCACCGUACAAAACAAAGGACCCACAGUUAGGAUUGAUGCAUGGGUAAAGUGAUGCAGAGAGAUGUGAAUGUGUCAGUGAGCAACUGAAUUGAUCACUUCGUUGUUCACGUCCAGACUUUUUAAUGUAUAGCUUUGAUGCAGAAAGUACUUGCCUACUAUAAUAGCAAAUAACUCAGAUGUUUGUACACAUAUAUAAAAAAGAUCUUGGACCAGAACAUAAUCUGAUGUGACUCAGUGUGGCACUGUUAAAAGACGCUGAUUCAUACUACUUGAGAAUCUAGCCUGUAUGUAUUUUAUUGCAUCUUUAGCCCCUUCCAUUUUGCUUUUUUACCCACACUCUAAAACAUUCUGGAGAAGCAGCUCUUUUUGUAUGACAUACUGCAUAAUGUGAGAUAAGGCUUCAUGAGUUUUAUGACUUUUAUUUUCUCAACUAUAAACAUUCCAUUGAGUUAUGUACCUCAAGAUGCUAUGUGAGAUGUUUUUUUGUUCUCUGUUGUUUUUGUUCUCUGUUUCAGAAUAGAAAGGGGAGAUAGAAAAUAAAUCAGAUAAUCUGGGCAGGACACCCUUUCUUUUUGCCCAGUUCCUGUAUCAUUGAUAUCACCUGUCAUGAAAAUGGCUUCCAUUUCACAAAAGGCAUUCAGAUUCCCAUCAUGUUUUUCAUGUAGUAUCACAGAUUUGGAAGGGACCUCAAGGAUCAUUUAGUCCAACCUCCUGCAUAGGUACAAGAUUCACUGUUCCUGUGCCAUCCCAGGGAGAUGCAUAUCCAGCUUUUCUUUAAAAAAACUCAAAAGAAAGAUUCCCCAACUUUUCUCUGGCCAGCAUUUCCGUAUGGUUCUGACAUUUAAGAUUCAGUCAGAAUGUGCUUUGCUGCAUUUUAAACCCACUGCCUAAUACCCUGCCUUAUGUGGCACAGGAGACCAAUGUUUUACGUUUUUUGGCAUCCUUUGAAAAUAUUUUGAAACUGCUUGUAAUGCCUCCCACUCCUCCCCUCCCCUUCUUUUUUUUUUCCUACACUAAAUAUACUGCAGUUCUGUGGCCCCUUCAUCAUCCUUGUGGCUUACCUUUGGAUCAUCACUUCUUUCUCUAUAUUGGUUGCAAAAUGCUGUGCCCAGAAUUGGACUCAGCACUGAGCAGAGAGAUGUUCUCUCCUCCUGUGUUUUUCCUGCAAUGCUUGUUAAUGGAAGCCAAAGUUGCAUUUGAUUUUCUUGAAACAGCAUUAUAUCACUGAAGUGUGUUGAGUCUGUGAUCCCUUAUAAAUCUCCAAGUCCUUCUGGACAGUGCUACUGCCAGCCUAGUUAUUUCUCCUCCUGUAUUUUGGUUUCUUUUCCCUAUAUGUAGCUCCUUACAUUUGUCUGUUGAACUGUAUGUUGCUGUUGAUAGCCCACUUCUCCAGUUUUAAGAGCCCUUUGAAUCUGAACCCUGUCCUUUAAAUUGUACCUCCUCCUAGGUUUGUCUCUGCAAAUGUCAGCAGUAUGCUCCCUAUCCCUGCAUCCAAGGCUUUACUAAAACUGGUAGACAGCACUGGAUCCAGAACCAGACCCCUUUGGACCUUUACUUGAGACAUCCUGCCAGUCUUGCAUCAGGUCAUUUAUAGGUGGUGGCUGUUUGUGAAUGCAAUCAAUUUGGUGUAUAAAAUCUGACUCUAGCAUUGUUCUUUAGUAAGUUAACGUUUUAUUUAAUGCUCCACAAUAUACAGAACUGCUUGGAUAGUAUCCUUUUUAAUAUACAACAGUAGCACAGAAAAUGUACAAGAGAAGGAUUGUGGCUCCACACAGAAACAAGACUGUUUUGCUGUGCAAACUCUUACGCCAGCAGUUCCCUAGUAAUAUUUGCAGCAUAAACUUAUUACAGAGCCUGAGGGGCUUGUUUAUUUCUAGGCAGCUCCUCUCCAUCUAGGUGCUUCUAUUUUGGGGGGCUUAUGUGUGUCUGGGUUGAACUGUUCACAUGAAAAAUUGUAUAUUAUCUUGCUAAUUGGCAAUAAUUCUGUCCUAAAUGGGGAAGCCUCCAACAUAACCUGUUCUGCAAAUUAGAGAACUGUGCCUCUCAGAGCUUUAUAUUACCAGGCUUCCUCCAAGCAAGAAACCAGCCAGCAUUUGUCACUGAAAAGUUAUUUGAUUUAGACAGAGCCCACUACCAUGGGAGCACUUGCUGUGCACCAAUCCU